CUCCAGGUAUGGCUCAACGCGAUUGGGGGGAAGAUCACGGACGUAGAAGCUAAUGGGCAGUGUGGGCGGCUAGCGAUCUAUGCGGCGGCGCACAACGUUGAAAAUGACGUGCUCGAUAUGACGCCAAAAACCAUACAGGAGGCAACAAUGUGGAAGAGAAAGAUCCUAAGUGUGCUGCUCGCGAAAAUAAAUCCACUUGUGGAGGCAAAGGUAAUUGAUCUUGCAACUGAACAAGGAACCAGUUAUUCAUCGAGCACCACUCCGACGACGACACACUCGAACGCGGACCCUUUACUCAUGUACUGGGACUCAGAGCGAAGGCGCAGCGUAGAAAUCCCCGUUCCGCAGAGCUGCUGGGUGAAUAUGACGAUUCUGCAUGGGGCAACUCUGUUUCUACGAGAGCCGGUAUAUGUACUAGAUGUGCACCAGGAUGGUGGCACAUACCUCGGAAUGUAUGCGUAUCGAAAAGUAGACCGCCACGGAAAAGCAGAAGACAUCCCAUUUUUCGCGAACAUUCAUGCCGACAAGGGGCUACAACUGCUGGAAACUCUGCGAGGAAAAGGAGUUCGUCCUGUCAUGAUUGUACUU